CCUUUUUAAACAAAUUAUUAACAUAAUUCAUCUACUUUUAUCUCAACUAUUAAACAUUAACCUUACGAUUUUUCGUGUUUAUUAAAAAAUGAUGUAACCGUUUAUUUUGAAGCCCGUUGAAACGUCAAUCAUAAUCUGAGAUAAUUUCUGUGCAUCAUGGCACCAGACCGCCAGGUGGAGAAAUUGGUGGAUGAGGCUCUCAAGCACAAGAACUUUCAGCCUCUGGAAAGUUUCCUCCAAAAUGACGUCAAGGAGGGCAGCAGUUUUCAAUGUUCCAGACAGUUUGUCACUAAACUGGACAAGCUCUUUCUCAGGGAGCUGGACAUUGGAAAUGUGAUUAAUGCUUGUUUGGUGCUUACCAUUCUACAUAAGUGUAACGAGAUGCUGGUCUUUCCUGGGGGCGGGGGGAUGUCUGUGAUGAUAACUCAAGGGCUUGUUAAAAAGAUGGUGCAGUGGUUUGAGAGAGCAAGAAGGCUGUGGGUGGAGACGGGAUCUUCGAGAAAUGAGACAUUGAUAAAGCUCACAGAGGACUUUUUUGAUGCACUGAUGGCUGUUCAUGAAAGUUGUAAAGAGGGUAAAUUUGAAGUUACCGAAUCUCUCCUCAAUCACAUUUGCAAACUGGCCUCUGAUGACAAAAUAAAUGUCAUGAUCCAGAAAGAGGCAGCAAGGAAACUUAAUCUAAUUCUAGCAAAGAUUCCUACGGAGCUAAAAAAGAAGAAGAUAUUGUCAUCUCAGGAGGCCACAAAUGUGAUGAGUGAUGUGGCCAGUCGAAUCCUUAAAGGUGGAGAUUUUGACCUACAGGUUUCUUUAAUGGAGGUUCUCUGCAGAAUGACUUCUCCAGCUCAAAGGAAUGAACUGGCUGAACACUGGUUUACCAUGACGUUUGUGUCAUCUGCAUUCAAGAAGAUCAAGGAAUCUGAAUUUGAGACUGACUGCAGAAGGUUUCUCAAUAUGGUGAAUGGGAUGCAAGGAGAUAGGAAAAGUGUGUACUCCUACCCUUGUCUUGAGGCAUUUUUGGACAAACAUGAGCUGCUCAUGCCAGUGGAUGAAAACCUUGAAGCAUUCUGGAUUGACUUUAACCUUGGUAGUCAAAGCAUCUCUUUUUACUUCUCUAUGUCUGACAUGGAUGCCCAGGAUGGUCAGUGGGACACUCUGUGUAUAGCUGAAAAUGAAGUUCGCAGUUACACAGUGGAAGAGAAGAAUGGAAGAAAAGUUCUUGAUCUGGUUUUGAUUGAUCCAGUUAGCAUUGGCCGCUUGGAGGGCUCCAGAGUCACCAUUAAAUUCAGCUCUUCCCUAGACAUCCUGCAAGCCACUGAGAAAGUUUAUGGUCAGGCUAAAAACAAAAGGCCUUAUAGGAAGGCUCCCUCUGUUGUAGAAAUACCAGUUCACGUCAACUUAACCUCACAGGAAUGUUCACAGGUUCUUGUUCUUGAAAGUCAAGUGUCCCCCUCUCAGCGCAAAGAUGAAAGGGUGUCCAACUCAGUUAGGCAUGGCUGUCCUAUCCAGUCUCUCACACAUCAAACACCAGAUAAAAACAAGAUGGUAACUCCAGUAAAGAUGAAGGUAUCUGAGUCUUGCAUGUAUGUCUCUGGCAGUGUGGGCCGUAAACAGGGCAGCUGUUCUUCCAGCUGUGUGCUGCCUGCAGUGUCAUUGACAAAGGUAAAACCAGCUCUUCAGAUGAUGAGUUCCUCAGAGCGGAAGAGAGAGUUUCAGCUUAGAGAUCUCAUGAUGUCUAAGACAUCUUCCAGUGCAUCCUCAUUCAGCGUUCAAUGUGAGACCAACCAAAAAAAGGCAACAGCAAUUCAAGCACAGUCUACCCCUGCUGUUCAAAAUGUGGACAAACAGCAAAACAAUGGAGGCAAGACUAAACUGGAAAAAUACAACAAGAAGAUCACUUUAGACAAAGUUAUAGAGAUUAUCCAAGCUGACCAACAACACGAAGAGGAGAAUACCGAUAACGGCUUGGUCCCAGACACCCAGCCUGCUGUGAGGAAGGGAAACUAUUUUUCACCAAGUCUCUGGAGUUUAAACUCCUGCAAGGGGAAAACUUCUGCAUGUGGAUCACUGUUAGCUUUACAAAAAGACACCAAUAAGAACCUUGUAUCAGAUGGUGCUUCUCGUCUCCUUCCUCAGCGUCUGUCUCCACCCCAGCGUGUAUUCAGAACCCUGACCCAGAAGCAGCUGCACACCCAACUCACUCAGAGACUGGAGGAGGUGCUGAGGGAGCAGCAGGUACCAGAUGGCCACGCAGCCCAGCAAGCCAAGGAGCGGAGAGGCUCGUCACUGGAUCACAUUGCUCCGGGUCAGGGGAAGGAGAAAAUAAAGAUGUCUAUAAGGUCCUCACCUCCCAGACCUGCACAGCAGAGCAGCACAGAUCCAGGCAAUGCUUCAGAUGCAAACAAACAAAAGAUGGCACACACAACAGACAGUAUGGUGAAGAUGAUAUCCAGUCAUUACAAGAAAAGUGCCAAAGCAGCAUCCCCUGUGCCUGGUGCACAGUUUACCAUCGCACCUACAAACAGAUAUUCCUUCAAUAGAAGCUGGUGUCCAUCUUCAACUGAGAAAACCACAGCAAGGGGAUCAGGCUUGGUCAAAACACUUGAAAAAUCCAAGAGGCCAGUCCAGAGCCUUGAUGAUGUUUAUGCAUUUAAAGAAGAGGACACACCAAAAAUUAAUGUGAAAAAGAGAGCGAAAUCCUCUGAGACAUCCAGAGUAGACAGCAGUGUGCUGAGUAAUUCUUCGACUUGCCCUAAGUCUGUUUUGAAACCUCAGCCUUUAAAGGCUGCUACUAAAAACGUGAAGAAAAAUCUGUUUAGCGAUACAGACACAGAUAAUAUGACCGAGAUCAGCUGGCUCAAAUCAGCCAACAGGAAACCCAAACCUAAAGUGGCAGACUAUAGCAGGCAGCCAGUUAAACCCACGCUCCCAUCAGCCAACUCUGCAUUUAAAUCUCCAUAUACACCUUUAUCAUCACCAAAGCCAGUGAAGGAGCAAAUCAACCCAAAGCUGAAGAGGCAGAAGAAAGUAGCUGAACGGAAAGAGAAUAAACUGCAAGCAAAAAUCACUAAUAGCAAACCCACAGGAAGACCUCAGAGAGCUGCAGCCUCUACUAAAACCUACAAAGUGCCGUCUGUGGACAGCCAGUCCAGCCAAUCAGAGAGUGAAAAACCACCACCACCUAAGAAAAAGGCAGUAGGACGACCAAGGAAGCAUCCUGUCCCAGCUGAAACCAAUGGACAAGGACAGAAGAAGAAGAAGACAAGCUCUGUUGACAAAGCACAAAGGGAGAUAAGCCAAAAUAAAAAGUCUGAUAAAACCACAGCACAGAUUCAGCCAUAUCAGGCAAAUGAAACAAGCAAAAAGGAUUGUAGUCCAGAAGAUCUGACAGUGAAGAAGACCCCGUCUGCGCAGGGGUCAGCAAGAGGACAUAAAGAAUCCUGGACUGCACAAUUAUCUUCCACAAUUGCUUCGCCCCCCUCCAUUGAGAGGAUGAGAUCAAAUGAAAAACUAUCAACAAAGAUAAGGUCCCAUACUACACCUCUCCGUUCUUUAUCCAUUUCUCCAAUUGAACCUGAGCCUCCUAAACUAGAGCCGCUCAGGCCCGUCAGAGACAUCAAGACACCAUCAUGUAAGACAUCAGGGAUUAAACAUGCUGUGAAACCUCCCUUUCUCUCCACCACAACCACCAAAUGCGCUAGACAGAAGUCACCUGAUGCUCAGCAGGAUGUGCUUAGUCCGGUCCAGUCAUUACUUAGUCCAUCUCAGCCCUUCAUCACCCCGACAGGCAUGGAUAAAACCACUCUGUCCUCCCCACUCAUAUCAGCAGACCUUCACGAGGAGCAGAGAGGCGUCAUGAAUAAGACCAGUCCAGCAUCUUACGACAGAAGGUCCAUAAUUUCGGUCACAAUGAGUCAAUCUUCUCACGUAUCUGUGAGCAAUAUGGCCUUGAUCUGCACUGAGCUGGAGAAAACACCAGCAAGCCGUCGAGGAAAUACGAAGGAUGAGAAACCAGAAUUUAAGUCAGGUCCAACAAUCAUCUAUAAUCCUCCCAGCUCGUGUCACUCAGCUAGUCUAUCAGAAAGAGAAGAGGAUAGUGAGGAAGACAAAGAGAACAAGCCUCCAUCUCCCACCCAGCUAGCUAAGAAAAUGAAGCCAAGAAAGCUGUUCAAGGCUAAUGACAAACACGGACAACGGAACAAAAGUCCAAAUGUCAAACAGCCUGUAAAGAAUCAGAGCAGCUCAGAGGAAGAAGACGAGGAGAUAACAGAAGAAGCAGAUAACAGAAGAAAGAAAAGUUACCAGAAUAAAAGAGCCAGAGAAACAACUAAAUUCACUGAAGAUAUGGAGACAGUGCCGUCCCGUAUGAAAUCGAAAUGCAGGCAGACUGUUGUGGAGGAAGACGCACAUCAGAACCAGCCUGCUCAGGAGGUGGGCUAUAUCUGCCAUCAGUUCACCUCAGAGCUUAAGAGGAAGAUCAAGAUUCGCUCAAGGAAAAUGGAUCUGUACACCAGGCAGUCUAUAAAGACAUUUCAGCAGCAUAUGUUCUCUGUCCGAGUCAAAGUACAGCAGUACAGUUCUCAGAAGCUAGAGAAAGUUAAACAAGUCCUAUUGGGUGAAAUAAAAAGCCUGGAGCAGGAUGACAACGCUCUAAGGAACAUGGAGGAGGAACUGAUGACGCACUGGAAAAAACAGGCCUUGUCUUUCCACACAUACCAAGAGAAAGGAGCCAAUAGACUAGAGCAUUUGAAAAGCACAUUUGAGACGGAUGCGUGUGAUAGUCAACAAAAUGAGGAACAAAUCUUUGUCUCUGAGAUGUCUUUAAUGAAGAACAACUUGAAGUCAAUUCAGGAGCGCUUCUUUAAAGAAAUGCAAGAGGAAGAGUUGUUGAGUGUGAGGCGAGGAUUACAAACCUUGUUCCUUCCAGAUGCAUCUCGAUUCUGACCUGAGAACUGCUGUAUUUGGGGUGAUGUUAAAACAUGUUUGCAUGUUUAAAUAUAUUGCAAAUGUUAUGUUAUUUUAAAAAGCUUUUUUCUUCAAAUUUGAAUUUUUACUAGAAAGCUUGAAUAAGUGGUUUGCACAUGUAUUUACAUGUUUUAAUUUGAGUAAUAGUUGUGAAAAGCCACUUUCUUUCAAAAUAAGUAAAUGGUAGGAAAGUAAUGUAAAAAGAAAUGCAUUUAUUUGUUAACUAAUGAACAGAUUUAUGUGUGUGAAACGUUCUUCAAGUAUUAAUUUGACGUGAUAUAAGCAUGUUGUAUGUAUUCAUAGCAGCCAUGUAACAGGAAUGUUUUGUUGUAUUUUCUCAUUCAGAUUCAGUCAUUUCUGAAAGCAUCUAAGCUCAAAAUAUUUUUUUUAAUUCAGGGCCUUGAUAAUCCUGGGGUUCAAUUUACAUAAGAGAGUUGUUUAAAAGUAGGCACUUGUUUAACAAAUAUCAUUUAGACAACAUCUGCAUAUUAUAUUAUUAGAUUGUGUAACUUAAAGUUUUUUUAAAUUAAUUUAUGUAUUUAUGAAUUAUUAAGUCCUUUGUAAAUGAUAUAGGCAAAGCACAGUGUUAUUCCUAUUUUUCAUGUCAGACAACUGAAAAUAAAUUGUUUUAAACUU